GGCACUGGGGUUUUGGGUAUAAAGAGUGAGCUGAGGGCACUUUUAGACAUUUUUUCCAGAGGAGAAGAGCUGGAGUUACUCCACAACCUCUCCCAGGCAGCAGGAUGGAGAAGUCCAGGAGGAUGGUGGCCAGCGUGCUGCUGUGUGUGCUGGCCACAGAAUUGUGCCUGGGCCAGCACUGGUCCUUUGGGCUCCAGCCAGGGGGCAAGAGGAGCCCCCAGGGACCCUUCCUGGAGGUUGCAAAUGAAAUGGAAAAAUUGGAGGAGCCAGGCUGGAGCCAGAAUUCCAGGAUCAGGGAUCUGAAGGAGGUCAUGGAGAGGCUGCUGGAGGGAGAAGGAAGAAGAAAAAUUUAACCCCAAAUGGAGCUCAAAUGGUCUUUGCUUGGAUCAAUAUGUGAAUAAAUAUUCUGAGAUUGCAUCAAAACGUGGGGAAUUGUUGUGUGGAUUAUUGGGUUUGUGGAAAAGAGGAAAUAUCCCAAGCAGGGUCAGCUCUGAGUCC